AUGACAGCUAGAGGUGGGAGUUUGAGCAUCUUUUUCUUUCUUUUCUUUACAACAUGUUUUGGUUACAGAUAUGACCCGAACUAUUCGCAAUGGAAUCUCAAUCAGAACCAGACUGCCGUUGACCCCCUCGACUACUGGGGAGAGUGGUCGGGGCACGAGUAUACUCCCUCGCCGACUAACUGGAGGUUUCCUUUCUACACCCUUUUCCUGGACCGAUUCGUUAACGGAGAUCCCUCUAACGAUAACAUCAACGGGACUGCUUACGAACAUGACACCAAUUCCAACCAAAUGCGCCAUGGAGGUGACCUCCAGGGCCUGGUUGACACACUGGACUAUCUGCGAGGCAUGGGAAUCAAAGGCAUCUAUAUUGCCGGUUCGCCAUUCAUCAACACACCCUGGGGCUACGAUCAGUACUCACCCCUCGACUUGUCCAUCCUCGAUCAACACUUUGGUGACAUUGAAAUGUGGCGCACUGCUAUCAAUGAAAUACACGAGAGGGGAAUGUACGUUCUUCUGGACAACACCUUUGCCACUAUGGGUGACCUCAUUGGGUUUGACGGCUACCUCAAUACCACCACACCGUUCUCUCUCGCUGAACAUCAAGUCCAGUUCAAGAGCGAUCGUCACUACUAUGAUUUCAGCUUCGGCAACAACUACAACCAGACUUGCAACUAUCCAAAGUUCUGGUUAGAAACUGGUUAUCCUGCUGGCGAGGAUGUUACCAAUAAUCUAAAGGGAUGUUACGACAGCGAUUUCGAUCAAUACGGCGAUACCGAAGCCUUUGGUGUUUUCCCAGAUUGGCGACGUCAAUUGUCGAAGUUCGCCUCGGUCCAAGAUCGUCUACGGGAGUGGCAUGAGCCUGUCCGCCAUAAGUUGGAGAACUUCUACUGUAUUCUCAUUGCGUCUUUAGACGUCGACGGCUUUCGAUACGACAAAGCUACUCAAAGCACCAUCGACGCCAUGGGUUUCAUGAAUGAAGCUAUGCGUACUUGCGCCAAAAGAUUCGGCAAAGAGAAUUUCUUCACCCCUGGUGAAAUCACUGGUGGGAAUGUCUUUGGUUCGUUGUAUCUGGGCCGUGGAAGACAACCGGAUAUGCUUCCAGACAACCUUACAGCAGCGGUCACAAUGACUAACAACUCAGCCGACAAGUAUUUUCUUAGGGCUCCUGAGCACGGAGCUCUUGAUGCUGCCGCGUUCCACUAUACUGUGUAUCGAACUUUGACACGCUUUCUUGGAAUGGAUGGCAAUCUCGAAGCUGGCUAUGACGCUCCACCAAAUUGGGUCGACAUGUGGAAUAAUUUCCUUCUCACUAACGACUUUGUGAACCCAAACACAGGUCUCUUCGACCCCAGACAUCUCAUGGGCACGACCAACCAAGACGUCUUCCGAUGGCCUGCCAUUACUAAUGGUGUGCAUCGUCAGCUGCUUGGGCACUUCAUAACUACGAUCGAAAUGCCAGGAGCACCAUUAUUGUUGUGGGGUGAAGAGCAAGCCUUCUAUGUCCUUGAUAAUACUGCCUCCAACUAUAUAUUUGGCCGUCAAGCCAUGUCCUCUGCCACUGCCUGGUAUACUCAUGGUUGUUACCACCUGAAUUCAACUCAAUUCUUCAAGAUGCCCCUCAACGCCUCUCGUCAUGGUUGUAAAGACAUUACUGUCAGUUACGAUCACAGAGACCCUUCUCACCCUGUUCGAAACAUCAUCCAUCACAUGAAUCAAUUACGCGAACAGUUCCCUGUACUUCAGGACGGAUUCUUCCUACAACAGCUAUCCAACCAGACCGAGCAAAUCCAAUAUCCUGGCUCCGGGAAAGUGACUACCGAAACUGGGAUGUGGUCGGUGAUGCGAUCGGGAUUUCCAGGGGUGCAAGAUCUAGGUACCACUGGAGCUGGCAACCUUCCUAUCUGGCUGCUAUAUUCGAAUGCCAACUCCUCCACCACAUACAACUUCGACUGCAACGAUAAUGCUACUGCGCUCAAUACCACAAGUUUAAUUGCACCUUAUGAUGCGGGAACAACCGUGAAGAAUUUAUUUUAUCCCUAUGACGAGCAUACCUUGGAAGACAGUGUCCACCAGCUCGGCAUUAAUGGCUCGACGUCUGCAAAUGGUUGUUUACGCAGCUUGGACAUGGCCGCGUACGAUUUCCGCGCUUAUGUCCCCAUCGAUGACUGGGUUGGUCCACAGCCCAUGAUCACGAAAUUCAACCCAGGACAUGAUAUUCGCCUUCGAUCUACUGUGAACUCUACGGGCACUGAGACUGUCGACAUCGCAUUGGAAUUUUCCGUGGAGAUGGACUGUGACAGUGUUACCAAUAGCAUCCUUUUCAACUCCACAACGGAACUAGGUACAGUUCCUACGAUAGAUCGGGACAGCGUCAAGUGCACCCUUAUGAACAAUCCGGAGACGCCGCCAUAUGUUGGCGCAAUCUCCUCCGUAUGGUCGUGGUCAGCAUCGAUUGAAGAUGUCGCAAACGGUAUUCAUGCCAUCACAGUUCGCAAUGCAUCUGCCCAGGGUGGAGGACAAACAGACGCUGUCGACCGUUUCUUGUUCAGGAUUGGUCAAACUGAUAAUCCUAUGGUUUUCACCACGAGCGCCAACUAUUCUUCUUCUCUACUCAGCAGGAGCGACAAUGGGUCCCUAAUGGUAUCACAUUCCGCCGCUGGAGCCGAUAAAUGGCGAUACUCCACGAACUGGGGUUCUACCUUCUCCUCAUGGAUGCCUUACAAGGGUGGCAAGGCUGAAAUUGAGGAACAGCCUUGGUCUGGGACCAAAUUGCAGUCCUGGAAAGGCACCCAUGUGCGGGUAGAGUACUUCAGUCGACUAGCUGGAAGCAGUGACCAUAUUCAGCAAGGCGACUUGGGUUAUCACACAUCUCGACGGUUCCCACAUCUCUUCCUAAAUGGCCCGUAUAACCAAUACGGAUAUGAUGCUGGGCUGGACAAUGAAAUGACCUUGUCUGAAAACAGUACUUGGCACCAUCAUUUCAUGACGGAAUGGAGUCCGAGUCCGUCUGGUGUACUUGCACAAAUCAAUGUCUGGGGCGUCAAUCCGGACGGCAAACCUGAUCAAACCAUAGUUAUGGGUGAUGCAGAUGGAGACUCAAUCCUGGACCGACUUCCUCCGUCUUCGUUAUCCUCGGUUAUCCUGAAUAUAACGGAUGCUCCCCCCAAGCCCUACCUCGGAUGGCGCGUCGUGAUCAAUGAUGGCACGCUUCGCUUUGAGAUCGUGCCCUCAGGCAGCAUGUGGAAUCAGCUUAUUCUAUACAUACUCUUAUGGGUUGUUCCUAUCAUCACGGCUGCUUUUGGGGUUUGGUCAUUCAUGCAGAGCUUCUAUCAGGUCAAAUUCAAUGAGAUCGGGAUAUCGGAAAAGGCUGGAAUGAUUCCUGCCGCCAUCAAGAAGCAGUUCAAGAAACUCAAAGAUGAGGAGAGCUCGCCUGGAUUCUUGUCCAAAAUCAACCGGAAGCCAAAGUUCUUGCAGCAGUCGGAUACUGUCAUCGACCAGCAACGUCGCCGGACAGUCUUGAUAGCAACUAUGGAGUAUGACAUCGAAGACUGGGAGAUCAAGAUCAAGAUCGGUGGACUCGGUGUCAUGGCACAACUAAUGGGUAAGAAUCUGGGUCACCAGGAUCUGAUCUGGUGUGUACCUUGCGUUGGCGGAGUCGAGUACCCUGAGGACACGAAAGCGGACCCAAUGACGGUUGUCGUACUCGGAAAACCGUAUGAAGUCCAGGUUCAGUAUCACGUUCUGCGCAACAUCACAUACGUUCUUCUCGAUGCUCCUGUCUUUCGCCAACAGACAAAAUCCGAGCCGUAUCCGCCCAGGAUGGACGACCUUUCCUCUGCAAUCUACUAUUCUGCAUGGAACCAAUGCAUCGCCCAGGCCAUCAACCGUUUUCCCGUUGACCUGUACCAUAUCAAUGAUUACCACGGCUCAGUUGCUCCGCUCUACUUGCUCCCCAGGACCAUCCCUGCGUGCCUUUCACUCCAUAACGCUGAAUUCCAGGGGCUAUGGCCCAUGCGGACAAAGCAGGAGCGUGAGGAAGUCUGCUCCGUCUUCAACCUCUCAACCGAAUUGGUCCAACGUUACGUUCAGUUCGGUGAAGUCUUCAACUUGCUGCAUGCUGGCGCUUCCUACUUGAGACUCCAUCAACAUGGCUUUGGCGCUGUCGGCGUAUCGAAGAAAUAUGGCAAACGCUCCUACGCCAGAUAUCCUAUCUUCUGGGGUCUGAAGAAGGUCGGAAAGCUUCCAAACCCGGACCCUUCUGACACUGGUGAAUGGGACAAGAAGCUUCCCAAGGAAUCCGAUAUCCGUAUUGAUCCCACAUUCGAAGCUGGACGCCCUGAACUAAAGCGUCAAGCUCAAGAAUGGGCAGGCUUAGAGCAAAACCCGCAGGCCGAAUUAUUUGUCUUUGUUGGUCGAUGGUCGAUGCAAAAGGGGAUUGACCUGAUCGCUGAUGUCUUCCCGUCAAUACUGGAGUCGAAUCCGAAUGUGCAGCUCAUCACUGUUGGUCCAGUCAUUGAUCUUUACGGCAAAUUUGCAGCCCUCAAGCUGGAUCGCAUGAUGAAGCUGUACCCUGGCAGGGUGUUUUCAAAGCCAGUGUUCACUGCCCUUCCUCCUUUCAUCUUCUCAGGUGCAGAGUUCGCCCUCAUUCCCUCCCGGGACGAACCCUUUGGACUAGUCGCAGUGGAGUUCGGCCGUAAAGGAGCUCUUGGUGUCGGUGCUCGCGUUGGUGGUCUUGGUCAGAUGCCUGGUUGGUGGUACACAGUCGAGUCAAUGACAACCUCGCAUCUACUCCAUCAGUUCAAACAAGCCAUCGAUGAGGCUCUGCACUCAAAGACGGAAAUCCGAGCACUCAUGAGAGCUCGUUCGGCUAAGCAGCGGUUCCCCGUGGCCCAAUGGGUUGAAGAUCUUGAAAUCCUUCAAUCCACCGCCAUCCAGUUACACGACAAGGUCGAGGCAAGCAAACGUCAUGCUGCCGCAGGCGAGAUUAUAUGGGGACACUCUGGCUGGAGCACUCCAGGAGGCUCUGGCGCAGUCACUCCGGGAUUGGCAAAUUCGAGGGUCUCGUCGAGUUCAGCUCUGAACUCACUAACUUCCCGACUCCGAGGUCUUGCACACAGUCGUGAGCAAAGCCAUGACGUCUCCACGCGGUCAGGGUCCACCCUGGCCCGAUCAGCUUCUCUUGGUUCACACCAAGGCCCAGGCCACAUCAAUGCGCACGAUGCUCAUGAUGGAGAGGUUACUUAUGCACCAAAUACGCUUGCCACAGUACCCGACGUGGAAGGUAACGACGCGACUGGACUGGGAACCCCAAAUACACCCAAUUUUCCAGAAGACGACGAUGAUUCUAGUGAUAGCGAUUAUGAUGCUGACGACGCUAUCACGAUGCCUACUCGAACUCGGGGACGAUACGAACGUGUUCCUGUGCACGAAGACUUUCCUUUCACGCCACAUCAUCUUGACAAUCUGACUUCUCCAAGAAGCCCCGGACUGGAGAUGGCUUCCAUGCAAAGCCAAUUGGCCAUGCCUCAUGGUAGCUCUCCGGUACCACCGUCGCCUCCAGCUGAAUCUGGCUUCCUUAUUCCGCCACCACCUGUGAGGGCAGAGACCAACAACCGGAUAUCUGCCAGCCCUUCCAUGCUGUCUGUGAACUCGAUCGUCGGUGAAAAAACAGACUUCAAACUUCAAAAGGUUGACCCAUUCUUCACCGACAGCAACGGGGAGUUUGCAAAGACGUUCGAGAAGAAACUCGAAAACCUCAACGGGAGUACCUCCGAGUCGUCUGCGUGCAUCGAAGAGUUCCUGGUCAAGUCUGAGAAGCAAUGGUUUGACACGUUCCGCAAUGUCAAACUUGGCAGAUACAACGCACUAUCUCCAAGGCCAAGCUUUCAAGCUACUCGCGAGUCUCGUCCGCCUUCGAGCUACGCAGGCGACAGUGAGCAUAGCUCUGGAGGACACGACUCCAACAACCUGGGCAACGAGUUCCUGCUAGGUGAUGACUACAAGCCGCCAACCGGGCUCAGGAAAUGGAUGCAACUUCGCGUUGGCGACUGGCCCGUUUAUGCGUUCUUUAUGGGCUUCGGUCAAAUCAUUGCCGCCAACUCGUACCAGAUUACGCUGUUGACUGGUGAAGUUGGUCAAACUGCAGACAAGCUCUACAGCAUCGCAAGCAUCUACCUGGUGACGUCAAUAUGUUGGUGGUUCCUCUUCCGACGGUUCAGCUCCAUGUUGUGUCUGUCACUGCCAUUCUUCUUCUACGGCCUGGCAUUCAUCUUGAUCGGCACUGCGCACUACGCUUCCACCGCCAGUGGCCGCGGAUGGGUCCAAAACGUUGGCACUGGCAUGUACGCCGUGGCCUCUUCUUCGGGCAGCAUCUUCUUCGCGUUGAACUUUGGUGACGAGGGAGGCGCUCAAGUCAAAGCCUGGGUAUUCCGCGCCUGUGUGAUUCAAGGCACUCAGCAGAUCUAUGUCGUGGCACUCUGGUACUGGGGCGCUUACCUCAACAAAAGGACGUCGGAUGGACUCUUGACUAGUUCCGACUCCGUCUCAUCCACGUGGAAAAUCACCGCCAUCACUCUCCCCAUUGCCAUACUCCUUUGGGUUAUUGGUUUGCUGAUGUGGUUUGGCCUCCCAAACUACUACCGUCAAGCACCUGGAAAGAUGCCGAGUUUCUAUCACAGUCUCCUUCGCCGCAAGAUUGUGCUCUGGUUCUUCUUCACGGUGAUCAUCCAAAACUUUUUCCUGUCUGCGCCGUACGGACGAAACUGGUCCUUUUUGUGGAGCAGCUCCCACGCAAAGACUUGGCAGAUUGUGUUGCUCGUUCUUUUGUUCUUCGUCGGUGUGUGGGCAGGCUUCCUGUGGCUAUUCGCGUUGCUCUCGAAGAGACACAGCUGGAUUCUCCCACUUUUUGCAAUCGGCCUCGGAGCACCUCGGUGGGCACAAAUAUGGUGGGGAACCAGCAACAUCGGCUUGUUCCUCCCAUGGGCCGGUGGCUACACCUCAUCGGCGCUCGUCUCAAGAGCUCUGUGGCUCUGGCUGGGCACACUGGAUGCAAUUCAAGGGGUGGGCCUGGGCAUGAUCCUUCUGUCGACACUGACUCGUGUCCACGUAGCAUUCACGUUGAUCAUUGCACAGGUGCUUGGCUCUGUUGCGACGAUUGUCGCCAGAGCCUGCGCACCAAACAAGAUUGGUCCGGGUCCAAUCAGUCCAGACAUCAGUGGCAGUGUCUCUACGAUCUGGCAAGCCUGGUUCUGGGUGGGUCUCGCGUUGAAUUUGAGCGUCUGCUUUGGGUACUUUAUGUUUUAUCGCAAGGAACAACUUAGCAAGCCUUGAUCUGAGGACUCUGCUAUUGUUGAUGGUGACUUUUUAGUGGAGUAUUGGGUAUUGUUUUUUGGUUCUGUCUAAAAGUUGGAUGUAAUAAAGAUGAAGCGGAAUGACUGAAACAUGUAGAUUUAUA